CGACCCGACGUGAGGAGAAGGCCGCGGCACCGAGGCGGUGAUUGGUCGGCGCUGCCGCCCGUCAAGUGCGCGACGAGUGCCGAUUGGACGGGUAGGCAGACCGCGUCCCCGCCCCUCGACGCCGACGCCGCCCCCCCCCUCCUCCUCCCCGAGGGGUCCUCGGCCCUCAGUCGACGGGCAGACGGCGGCGGGAGAAGAGGCGGCGGACGGAACGGAUAGUAACCGAGCGGCGGGGCCCGAGGGUGGCAGGGAGUGCCCACCACCACCACCAGUGCCCCCACCUCGCGUCGCAGGGCGAUGGACGGCGACCUUGAUCCCGCCCCGGGGGUGGCCGAGCAGGGAGACGACGGGCAGGUGGAGGCGCCGAGGGCGGAGGAGGAGGCCGAACCACAGGACGUGAAGGAGGAGGAGGAAGAGGAGGGCUCGUCGUCCCAGAUCGAGGAGGAGGAUGAGGAUGAGGAGGAAGAGGAGGCCCGCGACAGGGAGGAGGAUCGGGAAUCACAGGAAGAGGCCGGAACGCCGGGGGGUGCCACUCUCCGGCAGCCCAGGCGAGCAGUCGCCCGGCGGGGUGGGCGGGCGCGGGGCCGGGCCCACCCUGAGGGCCGGGCCCACCCCUGCCCGCUGUGCGGCCGCUCCUUCGCCCAGCCCUCCGACCUGCGCGCCCACCGGCGCACCCACACUGGCGAGCGCCCCUUCGGCUGCGGCGCCUGUGGCCGCUCCUUCGCCCAGUCCUCCACCCUGCUCAACCACCGGCGCACCCACACCGGCGAGCGGCCCUUCGGCUGUGGCGCCUGUGGCCGCUCCUUCGCCCAGUCCUCCACCCUGCACACCCACCGGCGCACCCACACUGGCGAGCGGCCCUUCAAGUGCGGCCGCUGCGACCGCGCCUUCGCUCAGUCCUCUGUCCUCCUCAACCACCAGCGCACGCACACAGCUGGCGAGGAGGGGCAGGACGGCGAGGAGGGGCGGGACGGCGAGGAGGAGGAGAAACCGGAGGAGUCACCGGCUCCGUCCCCUGCCGACGCCCCCCACCGCUGCCCCGUCUGCCAGCAGGCCUUCGCCACGCCGGCCCAGCUGCUGGUCCACCGCCGUGCCCACACUGGCGACCGGCCCUUCCUCUGCGACGUCUGCCAGGAGGCCUUCGCAGAGCCCUCCCAGCUGGCCGUCCACCGCCGCACUCACGCUGGUGAGCGCCCCUACGAGUGCCCCGUCUGCCACAAGCGCUUCGCCUACGACUCCUCGCUGGCCAUGCAUCGGCGGGCGCACGACGGCGAGCGGCCCUACCGCUGUGGUGCCUGCGGCAAGUCCUUCGCCACCUCCGCCAAGCUGCUGCACCACCGGCGCCAGGCCCACAGCUCCGAGGCGCCCGCCCGCUGCCCUGUCUGCCAGAAGAGCUUCGGCAGCCCCGCCCUGCUGUCCCGGCACCAGCGGGGGCACGGGGACAGUGGCGGAGGUGGCCCCCACCGCUGCGAGGUGUGCGGCCGCUCCUUCACCCAGCCGGUCCACCUGGCCAACCACCGGCGCACCCACGCCGGGCAGCGCCCCUUCCAGUGCCCCACCUGCGGCCGCUCCUUCGCCCAGUCCUCUGACGUGCUCAAGCACCAGCGCACCCACACCGGCGAGAAGCCCUUCCAGUGCGAGCUGUGCGACCGCUCCUUCACCCAGCUUUCCACCCUGCUCAACCACCAGCGCAUCCACCUGGGCGAGAAGCCCCACCGCUGCGAGGCGUGCGGCCGCUCCUUCACCCAGCUCUCCACUCUGCUCAACCACCAGCGCACCCACACCGGCGAGAAGCCCUUCAAGUGCGAGACUUGCGACAAGGCCUUCGCCCAGUCCUCCAGCCUGCUCAACCACCGGCGCAUCCACACCGGUGAGAAGCCCUUCCGGUGCCUGCUGUGUGCCAAGUCCUUCGCCACCUCCUCCUCCCUCUCCGUCCACCAGCGCUCGCACGUCUGAGGCAUCAGCGGGCGGGGGUGUGGAACUCCCUGUCUUUUCCACCCCCCCCCCCCCCCCCCCC